AGAAUGGACGGGGCCGGGGAACGCAGCCUCCCGGAGCCGGGCAGCCGGGGCUCCCGGGUGGGAGACGACAUGGAGAUCGUCGUCAACGUGGGAGGCGUGCGGCGGGUGCUGUACGGAGACCUCCUCAGCCGGUACCCCGAGACCCGGCUGGCGGAGCUCAUCGACUGCUUGGCCGGGGGCUACGACACCAUCUUCUCCCUGUGCGACGACUACGACCCCGGGAAGCGCGAGUUCUACUUCGACAGGGACCCGGACGCGUUCAAGUGUGUCAUUGAGGUGUACUAUUUUGGGGAGGUCCACAUGAAGAAGGGCAUCUGCCCCAUCUGCUUCAAGAACGAGAUGGACUUCUGGAAGGUGGACCUCAAGUUCCUGGACGACUGCUGCAAGAGCCACCUGAGCGAGAAGCGCGAGGAGCUGGAGGAGAUUGCGCGCCGCGUGCAGCUCAUUCUGGACGACCUGGGCGUGGACACGGCCGAGGGCCGCUGGCAGCGCUGCCAGAAGUGCGUCUGGAAGUUCCUGGAGAAGCCCGAGUCCUCGUGUCCGGCGCGGGUGGUGGCCGUCCUGUCCUUCCUGCUCAUCCUCGUCUCGUCGGUGGUCAUGUGCAUGGGCACCAUCCCCGAGCUGCAGGUGCUGGACGCCGAGGGCAACCGCGUGGAGCACCCGACGCUGGAGAACGUGGAGACGGCGUGCAUCGGCUGGUUCACGCUGGAGUACCUGCUGCGCCUGUUCUCCUCGCCCAACAAGCUGCACUUCGCCCUGUCCUUCAUGAACAUCGUGGACGUGCUGGCCAUCCUCCCCUUCUACGUGAGCUUCACGCUCACGCACCUGGGCGCCCGCAUGAUGGAGCUGACCAACGUGCAGCAGGCGGUGCAGGCCCUGCGGAUCAUGCGCAUCGCCCGCAUCUUCAAGCUGGCGCGCCACUCCUCGGGGCUGCAGACCCUCACCUACGCCCUCAAGCGCAGCUUCAAGGAACUGGGGCUGCUGCUCAUGUACCUGGCCGUGGGCAUCUUCGUCUUCUCGGCCCUGGGCUACACCAUGGAGCAGAGCCACCCGGAGACCUUGUUUAAGAGCAUCCCCCAGUCCUUCUGGUGGGCCAUCAUCACCAUGACCACGGUUGGCUAUGGUGACAUCUACCCCAAGACCACCCUGGGCAAGCUCAAUGCAGCCAUCAGCUUCCUGUGUGGGGUCAUUGCCAUUGCCCUGCCCAUCCACCCCAUCAUCAACAACUUUGUCAGAUACUACAACAAGCAGCGAGUCCUGGAAACGGCAGCCAAGCACGAGCUGGAGUUGAUGGAGCUCAACUCCAGCAGUGUGGGCGAGGGCAAGACAGGGGGCUCCCGUGGCGACCUGGACAACCUCCCCCCAGAGCCCGCCGGGAAGGAGGGGCUGAGCUGGAGCAGCCGGCUGAAGAUCUCCCACAGCGACACCUUCAUCCCCCUGCUGACCGAGGAGAAGCACCACAGGACCCGGCUCCAGAGCUGCAAGUGACGAGGGACGACCUGGGCACAGACGGACUGGGCUGGUGGAUGGAUGGACGGACGGGUGUGACAGGCCUGCCAGUGACUGCCCGGGAGGGGCUGUCCUUUGUCCCCCAGCCCUCUCCAGAACAGAACUCUGAAGGCCCUCUUGGGCACCUCUGAUGAGGCCGGGUAAGAUCCCUUUGUGUUUCCA